AUGGUAUCCAUUACUGGGGCUUCCAGACUGAACACAUUCAUCCCCAUGCCGGUACUCUACGGAGUCUUCCUCUACAUGGGAGUCUCUUCACUCCAGGGAAUUCAGUUCUUCGAUCGUCUGAAGCUCUUUGGGAUGCCUGCGAAGCACCAGCCAGAUUUCAUCUACCUUCGACAUGUGCCGCUGCGCAAAGUGCAUCUCUUCACCCUCAUCCAGCUGACCUGCCUUGUCCUGCUCUGGGUCAUCAAGGCAUCUCCAGCCGCAAUUGUCUUUCCAAUGAUGGUUUUGGCCUUGGUCUUUGUCAGGAAAGUCAUGGAUCUCUGUUUCUCUAAGCGAGAGCUGAGCUGGUUAGAUGAUCUCAUGCCUGAAAGCAAAAAGAAGAAGUUGGAUGAUGCCAAAAAGAAGGCCAAGGAGGAAGAGGAGGCUGAGAAAAUGCUAGAAAUGGGAGGAGACAAGUUCUCUUUAGAGAGCCGGAAGUUACUAAGUAGUCCUGGAAAGAGCAACAGUUUCAGAUGUGACCCUUCUGAGAUUAAUAUAUCUGAUGAAAUGCCUAAAACCACAGUCUGGAAAGCGCUCAGUAUGAAUUCUGGAAAUACAAAGGAAAAGAGUCUCUUCAACUAAAAGUCUUUGCUGGGAUGGAAGAUUUGGGCUGUGAGGUGCCUCAGGGAAGUUCUGGUUACAGAGAAGAUGGUGACUCUCUCAGAGAAGACGCAAGACCAAGCCUGGUCCUGUCCUUGGUCAUGUAAAAGCCAUGCCAAAGCGUUCAGUUUUUCACGGUAUGAGCUGGAGGGCAUCCAGCUAUCCCCAUGCCAGCAGCCGGUCACCAGAGGUGAAUGCGGAAGCAGAAGGCCACCUCCCGUCGGUACUUCUCCUCUUCCUUCUCUUUCUCUUCAAACUGCCACCAUUGAAGACCCAGCUUCCCAUUUUCCAGACAUUUUCUCGGAAACUCUCCGCUGGCCUGCCAAGCCAUAUGGAUCCAUUCUGCCACUGAGGACUCCUUCCAUGAGGUCCCUCUUCCUAAAGGAUGGGGUCGGGGGGUAGGGGCAGAGCAGAGAGAAAAGGGAAGGCUCUCCGGUUGGAUGGAUUGCCUGCUCUGGGGGAUGCUGGUCAGACCCAGAGGCUCUCAGGAGGGUCUGCUACUAGGAGGGUCAGCGACUUGGGCGUUGGCAGUGCCCACCACCGCAGCCAGAAGGCGCCUCUGACCCGGGCGCGUCUUCCUCAUUCCCGAGCAGCAGUCUGCAUAACUCAGCAAGAACCUUUGGAUAAUGAAAGGCCAAGAGGGAUCUUGGAGUUACUUAGCUGAGACAGGAAAAGGCUAGGGGGGAAAUCAAUAAUUGUAAGUGAGGAUGAAUAGCUUCUCUUAGUUUCAUUGAGGAUCAACUUAAAUUGCUACAGAAGGAGUUAGUUUAGACGCUAGGAAGGACUUCCUAGGCUGAAAAUCUGUCAAAGUGUCUGCUUUGCGGAUAUCUGGGAAAGGUUUGAUAAUGGUUGUUUGUGAGUAGAAAGGGAGAUAAGAUGUUUUGAUUGGCCAUGUUGUGGAAACAUCCGUCUUGCUGCUGUCUCUUGAGGACACAUUUGAUUCCAUUCCUGGAGAGAGCCAAGUGCUUACAUAAUGUUUCCUUAGCUGCCUUAGUAGCAAACCAUCCUCAACUCAGUGGACCAAAGCCACCUUCAGCCAUGUGGUUUCUUCAUCGUCAUGGAUUUCUGUUGGUUGACAAAUGUUCUGGCUCUCAGAUGUACUGGGAAAUGAACUGUAAGUGGUGAGAUUAAUUUUCAUAUUUAGUUUACAGCUACAUUUAUAGUUUUUCUCUUCCCUUCUCUGUUGCAUUGAAUAUCAAGGGUUUGGGCUCCAGUGUGUAUAGACCUUCCCUUUCUUUGUGCACAGACUGUGACUAGCAAGCAUGUCGGCACCAAGGGAAUCCUGAAAAAUCUUCUUAGAGUGGGACAUUCCCCUGGUAUGCUCUCCUUUCAUAGGUGAAGAGUCGGCUAUAUAACUUUAUUGGAUUUUGCAUUCCUGAGACUCUUAAAAUAUAUUAGUGUAUUCCAGGCUCACUGUAAGGACCUUUGAUAUUGAAGGAAUCCUGAAUUUCUUUCAUAUUUCCCUUCUCUUAGAGCCACAAUUAUUUUCAUACACAGGUGAUUUUCAAAAUAUUUAACAACUGGUACAGGACGGACACCAUCCACUCAGAAUGGAUGCCUGCUGUAAACAAGCAGUGGGUUUGGCCUAUUAGCUGAACGUCAAGCUGCUUUCAAAUAUUAAAAUGAUGUCCCUUUGAAUUGUGGGUAUUGUUUCUGGUGUGUCUGAUUUCUACUCACAAGGCUGUUUGAGGGACCGCCUCGGCUUCCUUUCAUAUGGUGCAGACAGGAACAGGCAUUCUUCUUUGAACCAUAUGGGCAUUAAAAUCCUUGUGAGCCAAAGCUUCACAUUUUGUCACUUUAGGAUAAAUGUAAUAAUUGUACUCAUUUACCUCCCUAAUCUAGAAAAAUCGAGAGGCAUCCUGUCAAUGGGGAAAGCGUCCCUUCUAGCUUUCCCUGUCCCUCUCCGGCUGCUCCCUUGAGCUGGCCUCCUUUUUCGCCUUUGUUUCCUGAGACCAGCCUUGCUUUCUUCCCCCAUCGUGCCCGUCCCAUCUUCUCCCGCCACCUCUGUGUAGGGAGGUUGGUGACUGCUUCACCUGUAAUAGGGAAGAGCCCAUUAUGCAACAAAACUAGGUGACAAUAUCACACAGAAAAAUCUCUCCUACUACAUUGAUGUCUGUGAUGCCUGCGUCUGAGACGUUUCUUGCAGUAAGGAACCUGUCUUCACUAACUCUCUGCAGUGCAGUUACAGGACCCUGUGUGGACUUUGGAAUCCUUCCUGGCCAGACCCUCCCAGGUUACUGCGCCUUGAGAAUGUUAGCUGCUUUUGAAGGCCCUGCCCAUCUUUUUAGGCCUUUAGAUGUUUCUCAAACAAUAGCCAGCCUCGUUCUGCCGCAUCCCCAUGGCAGGAAUCACUCCCUGUCCUUACUCUUUCCCGGCUCCCACAAACACUCAGCCCCAGUCCUGGCUGCUUCCUUGCUCAGGUCUGUGGCUGGCGACCAUGGUGGCAGAUUCAAGCUGGACUGCGUUAAUGCAGGGCUAGGAAACUUGGAGUGGAGGCGAAGCAGCAGCAGCGUGUAUAUAGGUAUGUGCAUAGGCACGCGUGUUUACCGACGAGUGAAAGUGUCUCCAUAAGAUCUCAUUGCUGCUGUUAAACAGCCUGUGCACCUAAGCUGUGGAACAUCAAAAAAAAUAUAUGAUCAUUCUCCCAUCUCAGACUUCUCUAAUAGAAUAGCUUGAGGACAAAUAUAGGCUGAUUAGUCAAUAGAAAAGGGUGUUUAAGCUCAACAUGAAGGAGUAACUGACUUAGGGGUGGAAAGCAAGGCAGGUAUUUAGGCGAUUUCUGUCCCCAGGUUUGGUUGGGCCAGAUAAGCAGUCCAAGGGGUAAUUUCAGGAAGAGCUGAGUGUCAGCAGGCCCAUGCCCUGAUGGGCUGGCAGGGAUUUAAGGAAAGUGUGAUGAGUGGAAUAUUGCUUCUAAGGGCAAGAGCUGGCAUUGCUAAGAGGGUGGGUUACUUCCUAGCCAUGACUUUUAGGGAGGGGUUGGCCUAGAGAGAAGGUGAAGACCAGCAGAAGUAGGCUGUGAAAUUGCCAGAUAUGUUUGGUUACAUCUAGCUCUUUGUGGCUAUCUAUGGUUUCAAACUUAUGAUGAUGGGAGGAUCAGGAGAUCUGGUCUUUCCCAUACAGCUCCUAUCCCCGUCUCCUUGUUCAUAUAAAUUGGUCUUUAGGAUAGAGGGGUAAUGAACCAUGUAUUUCCAAAAGACAGUGUGAACAUUUGCUCUUUCUCUUUGUCUAGGAUGUGUUUGGCUUUUAAAUUAGUCAUAAAUGUUUGAUAAGAAUCUGGGAUAUGCUAGUCUUGGGCUUGGUUGACAUCUCAGACUAUAUGACCACUGUGACCUUCAGGAGGUCUCAUUCUCGGAAGCUGUGGUUUCUGGUCAUCCAAAAAAGACAAUGAUUCCCAGUUCUACUUUACUUUGUACCUACUCAACUCUCUAGACUUCACUCUCAGUAGAGGGGUCAACCAUUCUUCCUGCAUCUUCUCUAUUGAUUUCAAUGACCAUGUUCUGAGUCUCCACGUUUUCCUGAAGCGUAGGAGAAGGUUCGACCCCAGAUCCCCUGCCUCUUUUAAAUAGCAUCAGAAGUACUAUCCAGGUGGCUCUGUCUGCUACUUGAUUCAGCUUCUCUAAAUUUCUUCUUUUGUAGGAGAGUUAGCACCUUCUCUUAUAACUUGAAGCAGUCUUUGCUAGUUUGUUACUGCAUUUUCCUUGGACUUCUCAAGUUUCCAAGCCACAUCUGGGCAGGACAUUCAGGAGCCCUGCAUUGAAUGUUCUCGGCCCCCUUCUUUUCGGUUGUAGCUGUUGGGCCUCCCAUAAGGUAGAAACCCUUCUUGCAGGCCCUGGCUGACCAAUGAAACACCAUCCAAGUUCCAUUCCCUUUUACUGACUCCGCUCUUUCAAGCACCCUUUACUCUU